AUGAGAGGACAAAAUCAAAUGAAAGUGGAUGAGCUACCACUAUAUGAUUUCAAAAAGCUCGAAACUGCCACAAACAAUUUUCACAUUGGUAAUAUGCUCGGGAAGGGAGGUUUUGGCCUAGUAUACAAGGGAAUAAUGGAAGAUGGUCUUGAAAUUGCGGUGAAAAGACUCUCAAAAGCAUCUGGACAAGGAAUAGAAGAAUUCAUGAAUGAAGUUUUAGUGAUUUCAAAACUUCAACAUCGAAAUCUUGUAAGACUUCUUGGUUGUUGUGUUGAAAAGGGCGAGCAAAUUUUGGUUUAUGAGUUCAUGCCAAAUAAGAGUUUGGAUGCCUUUCUCUUUGAUCCACUACAAAAGAAAAUUUUAGAUUGGAGAAAGAGGUCAAACAUAAUCGAAGGAAUAGCUCGAGGUAUACUCUAUCUUCAUAGAGAUUCAAGACUAAGGAUCAUACAUAGAGAUUUGAAAGCCAGCAACAUCUUACUUGAUGUCGACAUGAUUCCAAAAAUAUCAGACUUUGGUUUAGCUAGAAUAGUUAAAGGUGGAGAAGAUAACGAAGCUAACACAAACAGGGUUGUUGGAACAUAUGGUUAUAUGCCGCCUGAAUAUGCAAUGGAGGGACUUUUCUCUGAGAAAUCAGAUGUCUAUAGCUUUGGGGUUUUAUUGCUAGAGAUUGUUAGCGGAAGGAGAAAUAGUAGCUUUUAUAACAACGAGGAUUCUCUUAGUCUUGUAGGCUUUGCAUGGAAGUUAUGGUUAGAGGACAACAUUAUAUCUCUAAUAGAUCCGGAAGUAUGGGAUGCAUGCGUUGAGAGAAACAUGUUGAGGUGCAUACACAUAGGACUUUUAUGUGUGCAAGAACUUCCAAGAGAAAGACCAAAUAUAUCAACUGUAGUUUUAAUGCUCAUAAGUGAGAUUACACAUCUUCCUCCUCCAGGAAAAGUUGCAUUUGUUCAUAGACAAAAUUCUAAAAGUACAGAAUCUUCACAAAAAAGUCAUCAAUCUAACUCAAUCAACAAUGUAACUCUGAGUGAAGUUCAAGGCAGAUAAACUAUGACAUGUGAAGUUAGUGUAAUGAAGAGCAAGCUACUAUGGUGAUUUGUGUUAAUGGCUAUACUGUUCGGACUAAAUUUGUGAUGCAUGCUUAGA